GUGAUGAUACUCGCUCUUCGCUCAUGUCAGACUUCUGCUCUGGGUAUAAAAGUUCUCACUGGGAGGGUUUGUGAAACAGAAACAGUCAAGGAGUUCAGACAGUCGUACAGGCACAGACACAAAGUUUUAUCAAAAUGCCGAGCCUUGUCACGUCACCACCACUGGACCUGCAGCACUCAACCGUAGAGACUGCUGGCAAGAUGAACGGAAAGGACAGGUAAACACUGUUUUUAUGCACUUUCUCUCCUAUUUGGAUUGCAGAUCAACCUUUUCAGUUAAGGAAGAUGAUAGUGUUGAAUUAAGCCUUAAUGAUAUGUAUUUUUUCGCUAUGAAGGGGAGGAAAUCUAAAGUUUCUGCUGCAGCGUCAAUCGUCUCAAGUCACAAAUACUGACAGGUAAGGGAAUUCUUGAAACUUUCAACAUUGCACAACAAAUACAGUUGAUUGAAAUUUUGUUUUUAUCUAUUAUGUUUUUGACACCUCAUUCUUAUUUUACAGACUUUGUUUUGAGGAAAUGUCUCAGUGGUCCCAAUCAUUAGAGAGACUCCUAUCAUCAAAAUGUAGGUUUAACAAUAUGCGCUCCAAUAAUGAAGGUUGUUUUGUUGUUUUAAUGCUUCCUAACCAUUUUUUGAUGUCUGUGUAGAUGGAUUGAAUAUAUUCCAGGCCUUUUUGAAGACAGAGUUCAGUGAUGAAAACAUUGAGUUCUGGCUGGUGUGUGAGGACUAUAAGAAGAUCAGGUCCUCCUUCAGAAUGUGCUCCAGAGCCAAAAAGAUCUUCAAACGCUACAUUCAAGCUGAGGCUAUCAGAGAAGUACGUAUAGAGGUCUUAAUAAUCAAGAUACAUUUACAGCAACACCUCUGCUUCUAUUCCUGUGCUUACUGUCUUUUUUUUCCUCCUUUGUUUCAGAUCAACAUUGAUCACAAGACCAGGGACCUGAUCAGGGGGAACAUGAAGGCACCCACCACCGUGUGUUUUGAUGACGCCCAGAGGAUUGUCUACGGGCUGAUGGAGAGAGACUCAUACCCACGUUUCCUGAAGUCUGACAUCUAUCAAGCUCUACUGGACUCCACAUCAGAAUCAUCAAAUAUGUAAAUAAUACAGAUAGCACAGGCUUUAUGUCUGUAGAAACUGGACUGUGAAGCUGAGCAUGGGCUAUCUACGACAGCCCGGGUUGUGUGCUUACAUAUCCUGAGACCUCUGGUGGUGUUUCUCGAAUAUGGAGAGCUCCUAAAAUAUCAUCAGGACAUUUCCACUGCAGGGAAAUCUUUCAUUCAAAGGCCAAAGAGAGUGGCCAAAAAUUGCUAUAUUUGUACAUGAAUCAAGAGCAGCUGCUGUAAAGAAAAGGACUUCCCAGAGAUGCUACAAUAAUGAAACGAAAGUGUUAGGGACUUUCUUCAAGAGUUGCCAGGAAAGGGAUGUGGUGUACAUGACUAGAGCAGAAUCCGGGAUCUACAUUUGCACUAGGUCUCAAGUUUAUUGUUAUCUCACUAAAGCAAUAAUCUAGAUUAGUAGUGUGCAGUUAUGGUGUUAAUGCUGUCAAUGAUUUAUAUGCAGCUAUGACUUUGUUAUAAGCUAAAGCUACCAUUGAAAAUGUGUUUCAACAUUUGUCUAAAGGUUCUUAAUGUAAAUAAUGAAAUUUAUUUGUACAUAUUAAAUAAUAAAUUAUCACAUUUUGUGGAAGUCAUUUGAAAAUCACUUCAAAAGAAAAGCGCUGCAAUGCGUGAAAUGUCCUCUUAUCAGAAAACAAGCCCUAAAUGAGCUCAAGACUCAUUAUGUGACAAUAUAAAUCACUCCAUGAAUCCAGCAAAAUUAAAUGCAGUCAAUGAGUCAUUUAUGUAUUUCAGUAACCUCAUUUUGUUCAUUCACACAUUGUAUGAUCUUAUUGUAACUGGUUCUUGGAAAAUGGUAAAUCCGGCAGCAAAGUAUCACAGAAUACUAUGGUGUCUGUGUCUGAUUUAAAAUAAUUGUUAAAGUUUUUAAGUCCAAAAUUUGUUUAAUGUGUCAAAUCAAAAUUUUGAAAAUAUACUUUCUUUUUUAAAUUAUAUUAUUUAUUAAUUAAUUUAUUUAUUUAUUUUUGUUGAGAAUUGAGAUGAUCAAUUCCACUAAAGGGGAUCUAAUUGGCAAUAAUAAAGGUAAGUUAUAAUUAUAUUCAAGGCUUAUACAAUACAAUAAAAGAAGAACAAUACAAGAACUUUAUUGAUCCCCAAGGGGAAAUUCAUUUUUUCAUCCAUUUCCAUACAGUUAUAUAAUUGUUUAUAAACAUCCAAUUAAAUUUUAGAAGUUGUUUUAACUGCAUUGAGUUUUCUGCAUGUUACAAGCUAACACAUGUUGUUAAUCUUUAAUUAAAGUCUAAUUCAUGUUGUAAA